AUGAUCCCCACACGCACACACCACCGCCAAACCUCCUCCAUCUCCAAACCCAUGCCACACCCUGGCCCCAUUGUCUCCCCGCCCACCAGCCCCAGCGCCGUGGCCGGCGCCCGUGCACGUCGUCGGCCGUCGGUGACGAGCCCAAUGACCUGGCUCGCGCGCACCACCUCCAAUGCGUCCACUUCGUCCGCGCCGUACGCGCCCUCGCGCCCCGUCCGCAUCUCCGAGCCCCGCUUCGCCGACCCCGCCGAGGCCCGCGCGCACCCGCGCACAGGCACCCUCGGAACAGGCGCGACUGUGGUCCGUACCCCCCAGGAAGCCCUCGCUGGUCCGUUGGCUUUCGUUUCCUCCGACCUCCACGCGCGCGUACGCAGCCCGUCGCCCGCCCACUCCGCCAUCCUUGAGUGCGGGGAGGACGAUCAGGCGCCCAGUGAGCCCCCCGCGAGUCCGCCUCUCCCGCCCAUCCCAGACGACAUACUGGAGUCCAUGGAAGCUUUCGGGGAACUGAACGACUCCGAGACGGUCGACGCGCAGGAGCUGCAGGCAGAACUACCCGUUCGUCCCCACGCACCUUUGCGCCCGCCGCCAGACCUGCCCACCACCCCCGAGGCCACGCCCGAGAUGCGCGGGAGGUCAACAAGUCCCUUCCGCAGGAACAAGUCGCCUCUCGAUUUCUUCCCGCCUGUUCCCACUCUUCCCUUGAACGUACUUCCGCCAUCCCCACAGCCUCCUUUCGGCGCCAUCUUGGUCUCACCCGCUCCAACAAGUUCAUUGGACCCGAGCAAGAUCAUCGUCUCGCUUGAGACAAGUACGGCCACCCAGAGGACGACAAUGGCGACCCUCAUUUCGCGACCCUCCCGUCUCGCGUCGUACCUUGUGGGACUAUUCCCAGCAUCGGAUGGAGAGCCCUUGUCCGUGUAUUCAACCACAAGUGAUGUGGACGUCUCGUUCAACUCAAUCUUCAAUCACCAUCUCGUCUCCUCGGGUGUCAUGUCUCAAGUAUCAACAAACCUACACGUCUUCUUGGACAGGCCCAGUGCCCCAUACGUCCAUAUACUCUCUUACCUACGGUCACCCCCCUCGACACCCGGAACCCCUGCCAGCCUCCCACAUGGCGUGCGGUUGAACGGGUUGUGCGCGCGCAUGGAAUCCCUGCUGGAACUCAGGGAUGAGGCCUGCUAUCUCGGUCUGGAUGAGCUCCAGAAGCUCUGUCUGGACGAGCUCCGGCAUCGCCAAGCUAGCCCCGCCCCAGCCGGCAUGGGGCUCGGCCUGCAUAUGCGCGGGUUCAGCACGAGCAGCGCAAGCGCAAGCAGCAGGAGUCUUCCCGUCCAUGUGUUCCGCGAAGCGUCCGAGCAGUCGCAGUUGUCCAAGCCGUCCUCGCUGGCCGAGAGCAAGGCGGCGCAGCGCAAGUCGGACGAUUCGGGCUUCGCCAGCGGCGAGGCUGGUGCGCGGAGGAGCGGGGGCAGCGCUGAGUCGGACGGUACGCUAUGGCAGUCGUCGUCGUCGAAGGACCGGAUUGCUCUGAAACCUGGCAGUCCUGGCAAGAGUCCAUUCACGACGAUGAAGCCGCGGCCUACUGGUAACUGGAUCUAA